GGAGGGGCCAGGCAGCCCAGGAAGCGCUGGGAGGAACCGGGGUUUUCUCACACCCCCUCAGCUCCUCUGGCUCCUGGUACGCUCUGCUCUCCUGCCGCCCUGGAGUCUGUUCGGAUGUGACAUGGGGACUUGGAAGCACAGGCAAGCCUGGCAGAUGUGACAUUCCUCCAUGCCGAUGCCUCCAGGACAGCCUGCUGAGCCCCAGCCUACAGCAUGUCCCAGCUCUCCUCCACCCUGAAGCGAUACGUGGACUCCUCCCGCUACGCCGAGAGCACCUACAGCAAAGUGCCCAGCGGCUACAGCUCCUACAGCUCCUAUGGAUCCACCCUGUCCACCGCCUACGCAGACAGCGACAAAAUCGGCUUCAAAGCCAGCUACCUGCCCUCCCCCCGCUACCACCACGCCGGGGGGCUGUCCCCCACCAGUGGCUAUGACAGCGGCCGGCUGUACCCCGACCCCAGCAUCCGCCUGAGCCCCUCCUACCUCCGCACGCAGCCGCGGCCACCCGGCGCUGGGCUCAGCGGGGGUGCCUGCUACACCUUCACCGGCACCCCCGGCAGCCCCACGGGCUACCUGCCCUCCGCAGCGCCCCUCAGCCGCCACAAAUCCAUCAGCCACUCGGACCUGGCGCGGGAGUUCUCUGGGCUGCACACCUCGGACAGUGCCUACCUGCCCGUGGCUGGCACGCUCAGCACCCGCGCCCGGCUGGAGCCCGGCAACCUGCAGGGUCUCUACCAGGCUGCCACUCACUCUGACUAUGUCCGUGGCUACCUGGAGAACUACGGGAGGAAAAGCCACCAUGGCAGCUUCUCCACCGGCCACCUCAGCCCCUCUGAGGCCACCCUGCCACCGUCAGGUACCCGCUGUGCCAGCCAGCCCUGUGAGAGGAGCGAUGAGCGCUGCGAUGUGUCCGCCCAGGACCCCACGAGCUCCAAGGCCGUGCAGGGGCUGACCGGCCUGCGGAACCUCGGCAACACGUGCUUCAUGAACUCCAUCCUGCAGUGCCUGAGCAACACCAAGGAGCUGCGGGAUUACUGCCUGCAGAACCAGUACCUGCGGGACCUCAACAACAACAGCCGCAUGCGCACAGCGCUCAUGUCAGAGUUUGCAAAGCUGAUUCAGCUGCUCUGGACCUCGUCCCCCAACGAGAGCGUGAGCCCCUCCGAGUUCAAGACGCAGAUCCAGAGAUACGCCCCACGCUUCGUCGGCUACAACCAGCAGGAUGCACAGGAAUUCCUGCGGUUCCUGCUGGACGGGCUGCACAGUGAGGUGAACCGUGUGCUGGUGCGGCCCCGGGCCAGCACAGACACCCUGGAUCACCUCCCUGACGACGAGAAGAGCCGACAGAUGUGGAGGAGGUACCAGGAGAGGGAGGACAGCCGCAUCAGCGACCUCUUUGUUGGGCAGCUGAAGAGCUCUCUGACCUGCAGCGAGUGCGGCUACUGCUCCACAGCCUUCGACCCCUUCUGGGACCUGUCCCUGCCCAUCCCCAAGAAAGGCUACGGGGAGGUGACGCUCAUGGAUUGCCUCCGGCUCUUCACCAAAGAGGACGUGCUGGAUGGGGAUGAGAAACCGACGUGUUGUCGCUGUAAAGCCAGGACAAGGUGCACAAAAAAAUUCAGCAUCCAGAAGUUCCCCAAGAUCCUGGUGCUUCACCUGAAGCGCUUCUCUGAGUCCAGGAUACGAAGCAGCAAACUCACCACCUUCGUCAACUUCCCGCUGAAGGACCUGGACCUGCGGGAAUUCGCUUCGCAGAGCUGCAACCACGCCGUUUACAAUCUCUACGCCGUCUCCAACCACUCGGGCACCACCAUGGGGGGACACUACACAGCCUACUGCAAGAGCCCUGUGUCCAGCGAGUGGCACACCUUCAACGACUCCCGCGUCACCCCGAUGUCCUCGAGCCACGUGCGCAGCAGCGAUGCCUACCUGCUCUUCUACGAGCUGGCCAGCCCGUCCUCCCGCAUGUAGCCAGCCCUGCCUCCCUGGGGAAGCCCUGGGCCACCCCUCAGAGCCGGCUCCGCCAGGGUUCAGGCGUUCAACCCCCAGAGCAAGGGGGAGGUGAAGAGGAGACACCCCCGAGGUGGCUGCAGAGGGAGGCUGGGGACAGCCAGGAGCAGAGCCCGGGCAAGGACAUCUCAGCUCCGAACUGAGGAGGGACUCGUGACAGGACAGGGCUCAGGCAGCUCAGGCACCUUCUGAUUGCUGGCAUUUGGUUUUCACCUCGGGGUUUUAGUUUCUUUUAUUUUUUUCCUCUUUUUCUUUUUUUUUUCCCCUCUUUUUUUCUUUUUUUUUUUUUUUGUUUCUUUUUUUUUUUCCUUUUGUUUUUCUUUUUUUUCUUUUUUUUUUUCUUUUUUUUUGGUGUGUAAUAAAAAUCCUGAGCAAGGGACUCUACAGGAAUGGGGCCACCUGUCCCAUUGACUCAACCAGGACCUCUUCUCCCCCGGGACAGCACCCAGGAGAGCCUCACACAUCCCUCCUGACCUCUUGCCACUCCUGUAUCUGCUUGGCCAUCCCAGAGGAUUUGUGAACUGCUCCCGAUCUCCUCCCAGCACUUCCAAACCUCCUGGCAAAGGACUCCAGCCCUCUGGUGGCCUCCAUGCUGGCCCAGGCAGCACAUCCCCUGCAGCUGCCCCACACACUCCUCAAAGCAGCCUGAGCCCAGACUCAUGGACAGGAGGGAGGAAAACAUUUUGUGGAAUUUCUAUGUAUUUAUAAUGGACUUUGCUUCAACCUGGAGCCCCCCGCUGCUUCCUGCCUCUCCAGGGACUCGUGCCGGGGCUGCUCCGGGUAGGUUUUUACCUGCCUCCUCAUACGACGGUGCCUUAAACCAUUUAGGGGAGCGGGGGGGCCGCGGGGGUCACACAGAGAGGGAGGGGAGGACGGUGGCUUUCCGGGACCAUCUGCAAUCGGGGCUUUUUUCUCCCUGUGAUCAGGAGCCCUCCUGGGUGCCCGGGGACCCGCCCUGCUGCUCUGUCCUCCAGCUAGCAAAUGCCAGUGGCCUUUUUAGCCGUUAAUUUAUUCUCCUCCCCGUCCUGCCUUGCCUGAGGUGCAGCGGGAGGAGACACGGGCACCAUCCCAGCCCUCGAGGCAGCUCCAUCCAACCCACACCCGGCCGGCUUCGCCCUCUCUGCCCUGCGGGCACGGGCUGAGCGCUGGCACCAGCAUCCUGCCCAGCCUGGGGCAUCCCAGCGGGGCUCGGGGGGGCAGGAUGGGAACGGGGAGGGGGCUGCCCACGGCAGAGCUGGGCUGGGGCAGCGAUGCUGCUUGGCAGGUGGCUUGUUUACUGUGUAAGCAAGACGGGUGGGAAGUGUCUCAUACAAGGGAGACUCGUGCAGGAAUAAAUUUGAGCUUGAACAGGG